CGCUCAAAGCCUGUAACAUUAUUCUCCGACAACGGUACUCAGUUUGUAGGUGCUCGUAAUGACCUUUAUAAAUUUCUAAAAGCAAACGCUAGCUCGAUAAUAAAUUCUAUGUCUGACGAAGGCAUAGAUUUUAACUUUAUCCCAGCAUAUGCACCCCACAUGGGUGGUUUAUGGGAAGCAGGCGUCAAAGCCUUUAAAUCUCAUUUAAAUCGUGUACUCGGCAAUGCUCACUUAGAUUUUGAAGACUUAUACACCGUCCUCGUUCAAAUCGAGGCCAUAUUAAACUCUCGCCCCUUAACACCCUUGUCUAAUGACCCACUCGACUUGACUCCACUGACUCCUGGACACUUUUUGGUUGGGCGACCUCUUACAGCUCUGCCAACGCCUGAACGACUGCAUACAAAUGAAAGUCGGCUCAGCAGAUUUGAAAGACUCGAGCGAAUGCGGCAGCAUUUUUGGUCAAGAUGGCACAAGGAAUAUCUAGCUGAAUUACAGCAACGCACUAAAUGGCAAACCAGCAAGGGUCCAGCUUUGAAAGAAGGGAUGCUCGUGCUAAUCAAAGAGGACGCACUGCCACCCAUGAAAUGGAGUCUCGGACGUGUCAUCAAAACACACCCUGGAUCUGAUGGCGUUGUACGAGUUGCAGAUCUACGGACAGCAAAGGGAGUGGUUCGUCGAGCGUUCAAUCGAAUAUGUCCUCUUCCCAUUGUCGAUUAAAAUUGAAAGAAGAUUUCUUUCAAUCCGGGGGAGGAUGUUAAGAAGGCAGUACAGCAAAAAUCAAACACUAUAGGCAUACACACGGGCGCGCGGGAGGAGAGUGUGCGGGGAGAGAGGAACUCCGCCGCCCGGCCGGUCUAACUACGUACCUACACUAUUCAUUAAGCGACAAGACAUCUAUCACAUUGCAAUGUUCAUCAAAUUCUAGUUCUAACCAAAAUUGUAACUAUACCUUAAAUUAUACGCAUCAAUCAUUAUCA